CAAGCCACUGUAGACACAGUUACAGGGGAUGCUUUUCUGUUUGCAAAUUUUUUUGUGAACAUAUUACUAAACAUGCCAUAGAUCCAGGUUUCCCUAARAAAAUGACCCUAGAUUUCUUAUAUCAAAGUUCUUCCUGGUUAAAUAAAGGACUCUUUAUAUCAAGGUACUCCCUGGUUAAAUAAAGGUUUCAUUAAACUAUAGAUAGAUGAUAUAUAAUGUUAAUGAUAUUUCCAUGGCAUUCACCCUUUCACUCCUGUCUUGUGUCACUAGGGCGGGACAGCAUAUUAGACAAUGAGACCUACAUGGCCUGCAUCACAGCCUUCUUGUCCCUGGCCAAGAGUGAAUACACCAUGGUGUCCAAAGUCUUCCCUCUGAACUGCUCCAAUACCUUUGAAACUCUCAUCCAGGUGGCUCUGAACCAGCUGAUCCAGAAUGGGGAGAACAUCGUGUCCUCUGUCAGACGAGCCUGUUCACGUCACGACUACACAGCCCUCGUCACCAUGUUACCUGUCCUGGGCCGUCUCCUGGAGGAGGACAAAGAGUUUAACACAUUACUAAAGUGCACAACAAGCGGCACCUUGGCCAAGCUUUCCAAACUCGUUACAUCUAUGAAGACCCUGGCAGCCAGAGCACUGAAGGAUUUUUCUGCUCACGUCAAGAGCAACCCUGAUAGGGAGAGUAUGUCCAAGGAUGGAACGGUUCAUGAAUUCAACAGCAAUACAAUUCUAUUCCUGCAGCAGUUGCUGUCCUUUGCAGAUGUUGUUCGGUCCAUCCUUUAUCCUCAUGAUGUAGACAGUGGACACAGUAACUAUGGAGGUGUCCAGUAG